AUGGCUUCCUGUAGAAGUUUCCUGCCUGAAGAGCAGUUACAGUGUUCUAUCUGUCUGGACGUGUUCACUGAUCCUGUCACUAUCGCCUGUGGACACAACUUCUGCAAGCUGUGUAUCACACAGCACUGGAGUUCGGCCGGUCGCUGCCUAUGCCCGCUUUGCAAUUACUUUUUUCACAGAAGACCAAAACUCAGGGUUAAUACAAUGAUAAGGGAGCUAGUCAAUCAGUUGAAAACGUCCAACGGCGUUACCGCGUCAUUCGCUAAACCGGACGAGGUCCCCUGUGACAUCUGUGAGGGACAGAAGCUUCGGGCUGUGAAGACCUGUCUGGUGUGUGUUACCUCUUAUUGUGACACUCACCUGAAUCCUCACAGAACAGCACAAACACUCAAGAGACACAAACUGGUCGAUCCUGUUGUUAACCUGGAGAGCUACAUUUGCAAGAAACACAACAGGAUGACGGAGCUGUUCUGCACCACAGACCAAACAUGUGUGUGUCCGUUCUGCAUGACCACUGACCACGAGAAUCACAGCGUUGUUACCCUAGAGGAGGGGAUUACCAGGCAAAAGACUCAGCUCGAAAAAACUCAGGUGGACUUAAAGAAGAUGAUCCAGCACAGACUGGGGAAAAUUGAGGAUGUCAAACAAUCAGUCGAAGUCGGAAAAAAAGAGAAAGCAGACAGCAUUGAGAUUCUCGCUGCUCUCAUUCGGUCUAUGGAGAAAAGCCAAGCUGAACUCGUUGAAGUAAUGGAGGAGAAGCAGGAAACAGCAGAAAAGCAGGCCGAAGCCUUCAUUAAAGAGCUGGAACAGGAAAUCGCCGAGUUGAGGAGGACAGACGCAGAGUUGGAGCAGCUCUCAAACACCAAAGAUGACCGCAGACUCCUGCAAAUUCCCCCAUCUCUGUGGUGCCCUCCAAACGUUACAAACUUGGCAAAUAUCAACAUUGACACUCAAAUGUACGUGGAGAGUCUGAGAAGAGCCAAGUCACAGAUGGAAGAACUGUUCUAUAAAGCAGUGGAGAUGAUCCCAGAAAUAAAACUGAAAAGGAAUCAGGUGCAGGAAGUGGAUGUGACUCUGGAUCCUAACACGGCACAUCCCAACCUCAUUAUCUCUUCUGAUGGCAAACAAGUGGCUUGUGGAGACUCAAAGCGGGAUUUCCCUGAUAACCCAGAGAGGUUUGAUCGCUCUCCCUGCAUCCUGGCCAAAGAAGGUUUUUUGUUUGGGAGAUUUUACUAUGAAGUACAGGUCAGUGGGAAGACUGAUUGGGAUGUAGGAGUAGCCAGAGAAUCCAUUAACAGGAAAGGGAAGAUUACGGCAGUCCCCGAGAACGGAUACUGGACAGUGAGGUUGAGAAACGAGAAGGAAUACUGGGCCAAUGACUCUCCUCGAGUCAGUGUCUUCCUUAGACAGAAACCCCAGAAGGUUGGGGUGUUUGUAGAUUAUGAAGGGGGUGUGGUUUCCUUUUAUGAUGUUGAAGCCAAAUGUCUAAUCUAUACUUUUACUGGCGUGGAGUUCAUAGAGAAACUCUACCCAUACUUCAGCCUUGGUCUCAGUCAUGGAGGUAAAAACUCAGCCCCUCUGAUCAUCCUACCCACAAAAGCAAAGGGAUAUUUCCCAUGGAAUUGGUUUUUCUGA